CAUUUCGGGACGUGUAGUUUUCCCCGGCGGGACGGUAGAAGUCGUGGUUUGUGCGCGGCCAGGCGCUGGAGCCUCCGCUGCCGGGAGCAAUCAGACCUUCCAGCUGCCUCUCAUGUACUUGUCUGUUGGGGGCUUGUGUUGAUCAGGAGUGAAUUCACAGUCUGCCAUGAAUUGGAAGGUUCUUGAGCACGUGCCCCUGCUGCUGUAUAUCUUGGCAGCAAAAACAUUAAUUCUCUGCCUGACGUUUGCUGGGGUGAAAAUGUACCAAAGAAAAAGGUUGGAGGCAAAACAACAAAAACUGGAGGCUGAAAGGAAGAAGCAAUCAGAGAAAAAAGACAACUGAAGAGCUAAAGACAUUUCAUAAAAUGGGCAUGAAGGAGUCCUUCAAAUGAAGAUGUGGACAAAAUGAUUGGUCAGGUCCUUUGCUCUACUGUUGAAUGGAGGAGGAUUUUUUUUUCCCCUCACACAGGGGUUUCCUUGGAGCUCAAGUUUGGAUGACCCCAGACAGUAAGAUAAUCUCAUCAUGGUAAAGUUAAUAUGAAAUAUGUGGUCUCCAAACAGCCUCUCCCAGAGGCCAGGAUCAGCAGGUUUGAGUGGAUAAUUGGCUUGUGGUCAUUUUCUCAUAGGAGUUUUCUUUUAGUAGUGGAAACUAUUUUUCAAAUCAAAUUUGGAUGCCAACUAUGUGGAACAGAAGCGUGGCUGCUCUGGUGGAAGUGGCAAUGGUAGUCCUAGAGUCUCCCUGUCAGGCACACCCUUUGUCUCCCCCUACCCAAGGGACCCUGUGGCCUGGAACCGCAGUGUGAAAUGCUAUAUAGUGCAAUGAAGUCAAUUCUAAGACAAGAGUUCUUUGCCUUUCUCAUCUAAUUUUUAGUUAUGGAUAUGAGACGCUUGUUCAGAAGUAUGGAAAAGUAUAUAUAAUAUGUUAUCUUUUAGAUGUGUGUGUAAAUAUGCUUAUGUAUGCAAUGUGCUUAUAUUUUAACACAUAAACAACAUGAAUAAAGCAAACACUCUAGACUUCUCCAAAUGUA